AUGGCAUCAGCCGGGCCAGAUGUUUCUGAGGUGGAGGAAGCGCUCCGGGCUCGUGCAAAUGCACGCCGAAUCAAAGAGCAUUAUGAUGGGACGCUGGGUGUGCCAAGUGGACUUCAGUCCCUGAGUCAUCUCCUCGCGCACGACAAGGACGCGGUCUUCUCCGGCCUAGAGCACUUGCCGUUCUACAAUAAAACCGACCUUCCACCUCCACCGCCUCUCCACCCAGCUCCGGAACCUCUCCAACGCCCUCAACCGCCACGCCGCCGUACACCCGUGCAUCCCAUCUCGAUGCCCAGCUUCAACGCGCAUCUGCUCGCCUCCCUGCCGACCAGCAUGGGGCCGGCAGGUGCACCGCCACCGCCAUCCCCAUCCCCAUCUCCGCCCCUGGAGUCAAACCUCUGGACCCAGGACCCCGUCAGCCCCACUAGCCCUGCUGGUGCCGCUGCCGCCACCACCGAUGCCGUACCUUCCCAGGAGUAUCAGCCGCCGGCCUCCACAGCCCCUACGGCCCCUUUGGACGAGCAGCAGAUGAUGUACCAAUAUCCCUUAGAACCGGGAUCUGGUCCCAAAUCUGGCGGGCGUGUACGGCUUCCCUCUGGCUUCACGUUGGAUCCAUGGCGAUGGACACCCAACGAGGAGGAGCUCGGUCAGGCCUUCGACGCUGCUACCACUCCGCCGAACCUGUCGGAGUCAAUUCUCACAUACCCAACAGAUAACCGCCAGAACGGUUACUUCAACCACCAUAACCACCAGCCACACGGGCGAGGCAGUACCGCCACGGAUGGCGGGUCAUCGCCCGUACAUCUCGUCCGGCGUCCGGAGUCUCGUACGGGCGGCAGCGGCGGCGCCGCCUCGCCGCCGCCGCUACUACAGCGCCUCUCUUCUUCGCCGACCUCCUCCCCUCCUCGGGCAGUGUCGCCUGUCGUGACGACGGGACAGACCCGCGGGUCGCAAUCCGGUGGGCUUUAUAGCCCCGCCGGCGGCGGCGGGGACGGCAGCGGCAGCGGCAGCGUUUUUGGCGGGUUUCAUAGGAGCCAGGGGGGCGGCGGUACGGGAUUUGGAUCCGGAAAUGGAUCUGGAUCCAGGUGGGGGACGCCGACGGCAACUGGAUUUGGAUCGAUGCCGUCGAUGUCGUCGCCACCGCUGGAGGCUGUAGGGCCGACGGCGGCGGCGGAGACGGAGGAGGAGCGUAAGGCCCGAUUGGCGCGACAGCGGCUUUUGUCCGCUAACGAUCUGACGCCGCAAGAGUGGGCCCGCAUAGGGCCCCCUAAGGACGCAGCGGAUCUUGAGAAGUUUGUGGCACGCAGCUACUCAAUGGCCGUGGACUUCGACCGUCAUACCUUGCUGCUCCAGCGGGUGGCUCGGCCCGAUAUCUUUCACAUCUCCGCGGCCGAGGCGCAGAGGCGGCAGCUGGCGGCAGAUGAGGCCACGUUGGCGAUGCAAGCGAUGCGGCGCGCGGAGGAGGAAGCGCGGCAAGCGGCGGAGGAGCAAGAGCGACAGGCACGAAACGCACCCCGCGGGCCGUGGUACGACACGCUAGGUGUACGGCAAGUAAACCGCAGUACAUCGCCGGUUUUGCCUCGGUUUCUGGACUGGCACCCGAGCGGUGGUGUUGUUGGCGGCGGUAGCGGCAGCGGCGGCGGCAGCGGCGGCGGCGGUGGUGGUGGUGGUACGGCAGGGAGCUCGCCGCGGGGAUCUAGAUGUGCGUCGGCGGCGCGGUCAGGAUCGGAGUCGUUGUACGGCACCGGCAGGGGAUGCGGCGCCACGAGACGAUUUUCGGCACAGGAUCACGUGUUGAGGCAAUCAGAGCCAAUAGCGGGUUCCGAUCCGUACGUGUACGAAGACUACGGCGAGGACCCUGACCUGCCCGCGGGCGGCGGUGCUGCGUACGGCACUCGGCCGCCGCGCCGCCGCCACCAUUCCGCCAUCGCUGCGAGCAACAGCUUCGCGCCGCCGCCGCGUCCUGCCGGCGUCAGCGACGCCCACUAUGCCCAGAUGGUACGACAGCAACGCAAGUGGCUCAACGGGCCCGCGCAGCCGCCCCGGCCGGUGUCGGCGGCGCCGCUGCCGGCGCCGAUGUCACGGCAGUACGUACGACCUAGGUCAUCGCGGCCGUGGCCCGACGGCACGGCGGCGCCGAUACCGUCGCGGGUGGCGGCGGAGGCGGCAGCAGCGGCGGCGGCAGCGGAGGCUGCUAGCCGACCCAGCACCGCGUUCCGUACAAUCAUCCAUCCGAAGUCAAAGCAGCUGCCGCCGCGACCCGGCGACGCAGGUCGUACAUCCUUCCGUACUCUAUCCACCAGAACCUCCGCCAAGUCUUGCGGCAUCGUCAACACUGCCGCGUUCAUCUCCGCCGUAUCCGCCGCCUUUCCUUCUGCCCCUGGCGGCAAGGUGCCGCCGCCAAGGCAUGUGGUAAAUCCGCAGGACAAGGUUGAUGGCGGCGGCCGCAGCAGCGGCGCAGCGGCAGCGGAGCUGGUUGCACAGCUGCCAUCGUCCGUGUCGGAGGCACCGCCGCCGGCGCAGCUGGACAGCGCCGUCAUGCCUAGCUCCGCACAGCUGACUCUCGAUUCUUCACGUGGCGGCAAGCGGCUACCCUGGGAGGCACGCGAGCACGUGGCGGCGCCUCACUACUCGUCACCCCCGGCGGCGGCGGCGGGGCCGGUGCCGGCGGCGGAGGCGCGGAGGUCUUCCUCUGUCUUUGGGGAGACGUUGCCGCCGGGGGGUUCCGGGGGGGGCCGCGAUGGCGACGAGUCCUUCGUGCCCCGGAAGUUCGAAUUGCGAGAGGGGCUGGUUCUCGAUGGUUAUAUGGGGCGGUAG